AUGGCGGAGGUGGGGGGCGUCUUUGCCUCCUUGGACUGGGACCUGCACGGCUUCUCCUCGUCUCUGGGGAACGUGCCCUUAGCUGACUCCCCGGGUUUCCUGAACGAGCGCCUGGGCCAGAUCGAGGGGAAGCUGCAGCGCGGCUCGCCCACAGACUUCGCCCACCUGAAGGGUAUCCUGCGGCGCCGCCAGCUCUACUGCCGCACAGGCUUCCACCUAGAAAUCUUCCCCAACGGCACCGUGCACGGCACCCGCCACGACCACAGCCGCUUCGGAAUUCUGGAAUUUAUCAGCUUGGCUGUGGGGCUGAUCAGCAUCCGGGGAGUGGACUCUGGCCUAUACCUAGGAAUGAAUGAACGAGGAGAGCUAUAUGGAUCAAAGAAACUCACCCGUGAAUGUGUUUUCCGGGAACAAUUUGAAGAAAACUGGUACAACACCUAUGCCUCCACCUUGUACAAACACUCGGACUCGGAAAGACAGUAUUAUGUGGCCCUGAAUAAAGACGGCUCACCCCGGGAGGGAUACAGGACUAAACGACACCAGAAAUUCACUCACUUUUUACCCAGGCCAGUAGAUCCCUCUAAGUUGCCCUCCAUGUCCAGAGACCUCUUCCGCUAUAGGUAAUGGCCCUCUGGUGCCACCUCUGUGACCCGUGUACUCUAUGGCCAUGGUUGGCUCUGCAAACACUAUACUCAAAAGUAGCUUUUCAAUCCUUCCUUCCUGUCAAUUAGAUAACAGAGAAGCACUUACCAGUCAACUUGACCCAGCUGUCCCCUUGUUCAAAGUGUAUAUCAACGUUGGUUAUUUUGG